AUGUCUCACAGAAGACGGCAGCAAGUGCGGCUUCCUCCGAUUGCGUCGGCUCUUAGCUCAGCACCAAUCACACCAAGAGCCCCAAUCAAACUCAAACCCAUCACACCUACUGUGAGUUUGGAUUACUUUGACACUUACAAACCCAACGAUGAACAAUGGCGAUGUGGAAUCUUGGAUUCGAUUAAGGGUGAUGAGAAGCCACUUCCAAACAGGGACACCUCUGUAUUGAAGCCAAAGUUUGAUCUGCGUAUUCUGCUGAAAUUGACAAUGCUCCAUCCAAGCACUUCCCACACUCCAUACGUUGAAGCUCGUAAGAUCAAUUUUCCAUACGAGCUGAACUAUACGUAUUUAAACGGACUGUACCUCAAAGACGUCGAGAAUUUUCCAGAGUGGCGAGAAGCGGCGCAGCUGCUAAUUCAGUUGUCACAGCCCCAACAACAUCCCGUCGUUGCGUCUUCACAACCAUUAUCGGCAACUUCAGUUGGUGCCUCACUGCCUCUGAUGUACACCCUUACCGGGUACACCCAUACUUCAACAUCACAAGGGCACUCGCAACAGAACUAUCACAUGUAUUCCACACCACUCGCAUCUGCAGCGCCCGCUCCAGCAAUGGCGCCAAUGGCUACUGCAUCUCAACCAAUUGUUGCGACUUCUAUGACUCCUCAUACAAACUAUGCUUCAGAGGUUGAAUCCAAGCUGCACAAGUUCAUUCCUAUAACACCUCCUACAAAGACGAAACCGCGUGUGGAGCUGACGCGACUGCCACCCAAGCAUCUGUUGCACCGCGUUUGUAUCCUGUGUGGACUGGAUCAACUGCCAUGCUGGCGGCCUUCUUGGCUGAUCAAAGAAGGUCAGUUAUGCAAUCUGUGUGGGCUUCGUUACAAGAAAACACUGGCAAGAUGUCUUAACGUGCAGUGUAAAAAAAUUCCAGCCAAAGGUGAAUGGCUGUUAAUGCAAGGUAAGGGUAAGGUACAGUUUGAGGAUGGGAUUGAAGGGUACUCCUGCCUAGAGUGUGGUUGGCGAGUCGAGGUCAAGAAAUGA